GUCCCCAAUGCCCGUCUUCGAUGGGCAAAAGAAAACCCAGGAGAUUUCCAUUUUAUGUGGGAGUGUUUGAAAGUAAUCUAUCUGACAUUUUGGGAGUCACAAGAGCAUCCUGGCUCAUUGGCCAAUCUAAGCAAACUGACUAAUAGAACCAACGUCACAAUAGCUGCUAAAAAGUUCCAGCAAGCAGAUGAAUUCCUGCGACAUGCACUAGAAGCCCACUUGACUGCAUCUCUGCUAACAUUUCUAAACAUCUCUAGUGUAUCAGCAGACAUUUCAUCUGAUCAAAGCACAGUGACUGAACUACGGCUGCACCAAACAGCUGAGAGAUUUGCAAACCAAGUGCUAUCAGCCCCAACUGAUGAAGACAAAAAAGACGCUGACCAUAUGUACAACUUCCAUCGGUCAUUCUUACAAAUGGCGUUGCUGUAUGAAGACCUCAGAGAUGCCAUAAAACACGAGGAUGGUCCGCGAAUUAUACAGCAUUGGAGAAUGUGGCUACUGUAUUUCCUAGCAUCAAAAAGGACCAACUACAACAGCGAAGCUGCUAAUCUCUUGGCAAAUUUAAAGGCUGAUUUUUCAAAGUGGCUGUCCUACAUAGUCACUCACAACAGAACAGUCAAUUCGUCGGGUCGGCCAGGUCAUGGAAAGGCAAUUGACAUGGCUGUUGAACAUCACAAUCUCGUGAUCAAAACAGCACUUAGGUCAUCUGGUGGUAACCUCACUCUCCAUCACCUAAAAAUGAUAAGUUUAGCAGCUCACAUGCUACACGAUGCAGCAGUAUUGUGUGAUGAAGAGGUCUUUGCUACUCACAACGGAACACGACAUCAAAGCUCAAAGGCUGAAAAAGACAUUCAAAUGAUGGUAUCAAGCUUGAUUGACUCCAGAGCAACCUGUCGAAUUUCUCAAAGAACAUUACCAUCAAAUAGGUGCUUCACAACACCAGAGCGUAAAGGAUAUGACAUUGCAUUGUCCAAACAAUGGCUGGCCAAAUUCCUGAAGAAAGAGGAACUACAUCUUGAUGAAGACAAAUCAACAGAUGAAGACCAUGAGGAAAUCGAUUUUCUGCAAGACAAUGAAACAUGACGAAGUGCUAGGCUUUAUUGUAGCGUUAUAGCACUAUUAUAGCACUAAAUUAUACCACUAACAUAAAUUUCAUAGGUUAUUGCUACAA